GGCUCCCGCCCCGCCCUCCGUGCCUGAGGCGAUGGCGGCCCUCAGAGAACGUCCCCGGUCAGCCCCCGGGGGCUAAAAGCUCUUCGCACACGAGGACACAGGGAAGGGACGAACCAGAGGAGCAGCGGACGCUCGCAUCUCGGUACGGCUGUGCUGAAGGUUGUCCAUCUCUGCCUGCAGAAACGGCUCCUGCCCUGACCAAACAGGAGAGGAAGUGUCAGGUUUAGUCAGAUUUCUGCAUGGCACCUCCGAUGUGCAUUUUCAAGGGGUUUCUCCAUUUUCUUCUGCCACUUGCAAGACUGAUUUGUGUGUUACCCGGCAGUGCCUUAGACGUGUCCUUUCCCUACGGGGCAUGUUGGUGCGUGCACAGCACCCCCCGUCCUGACAACAACGGGCACUGUCACCAUGCUGUACUUUCAGAUCGCUGGAGUUGCCGAAGCGGGCCAGGAGCCAGUUUUCAUUUCCCGGUGACAUUCCCUACGGGCCGCUCACAGCCUGCCGGGCUCCCAUCUCCCUUCGCGCAGGAGUUUGGCAGAGUUGCUAUGACGACUCGGCCCUGGUGUGCACAGCUGCAGCACCCAGCCCGCACCGCUCUCCGAGCGCAGCUGAAAACACAAUGCCUGUUGUGAAAUACCCCAGGGCUGUAGAGCCUCUCUGGCAUGAAUGGGACGGGAAGGCACAGAAAUGUGGAUUAAGACAUACGGUCUAUGCUGUAAACGGGGAUCAGUACACUGGAGAAUGGUUGGACAACUUGAAGCAUGGUAAAGGCACCCAGAUCUGGAAGCGCACCGGCGCUAUUUACAGCGGUGACUGGAAGUUUGGGAAGCGGGACGGGUAUGGCUCAUACAGCAUUCCUGACCCCGUGACCAAGGAAUACAAGAAAGUGUACACAGGCUGGUGGAAAAACGACAAAAAAUGUGGCUACGGGACGAUGUUCUACCCCAGCGGAGAGCACUACGAGGGCGAGUGGAGCGGCGGGCUGAGGAGCGGCUGGGGUCGGAUGUGCUACUGGGACGGCUCCGUCUACGAGGGGCAGUGGCUGGCGGGCCAGCCAGGCGGGCAGGGGAUGCUGUGCCUGUCAAAUGAAAAUCGGUAUGAAGGAGGUUGGAAAGAUGGAAAGAAGCACGGCCCAGGACGAUUCUUCUACCUGGAUAAGGGACAAUUGCUUGAAGGCAUCUGGGUGGCAGACAUACCAAAAUGUGGGAUUAUGAUUGACUUUGGCCGAGACGAAGCUCCUGCCCCUACUCAGUAUCCAAUCCCAAAGAUUGAACUAGCCGAUCCAGAUGCUGUCUUAGCAGAGGCCCAAGUGAUGCCUGAUGACAACCAAAACUAAUAACCAGAUGCUGAAGAAAAAGAGAUGCAAGAUAAGAACAGCAAAGCCCCACAUCAAGCACCGGCUCUGCUCCUGUGCCAGCCCACGGCCCUGUGCUGGCUGCUCCGCCUGCACUGAGAGGCAAGGACCAUGUGGAGCUGCCAGCACCAAUAAGUGUCACCUACAAGAACACGAAGGAAGGUGGCACUGCAGCCACCUGGUGAAAACUGCACUGUGGGAGAGUGUGUAAUUAGUUCACCUGAUUUAAACUGCGCUUCUGAGUAUCACAUCUUGUUCACAGUUCAAGUGGUCCCUUGACUCUUCACAUUUUCUCAGCUAGAAGAUAACCUACUUUGCUACUUAAACACUCAGAGUAACAAAACAUGCCUAGGAUCAAGGUGUAAGCAGUGCUGAUGGGAGGAAAACCAUGCUGCCAACAUUAUGCUCCCUAUACCUGUGUGAACAGGAAAUUUCAUCUUUGUAUGACUCAGAUGACUAAUGGCAUACAUGUUGGAGUUCCUCAGAAAUACAGUUAGGAUUAGCACAAUAUAGCCACAGAGAUAAUGGAUGUAGAGAAAAACAUUUUUUAGGCAUCUAGGUAACAAAUAAUGAGCAGCAACCGAGCAUAUUUUAUUUCAUUAUUUGAAGUGAUUUUAUAUCUAAAGAAGUGAUAUAUCUAAAGAAGUGAUAUACAACAACUGAUGUUUAAAAUGCUUCAGGUAAAUGCAUAAUACCAUUAGUAUAAAUAAAACCAAAACUUUAUGUGCACUCUUUAACAUUUAGAGCCACGCGGUUGGGUCUGGUUACUGCCUCUGGCACACAGUUAUGAGAGAGUGCCCAAGGUAUGACUUUCAUGACCAUUUCCAGAGCUGGAAAAUGAGAGAAACACACCUGAUAUCAGAGAUUAAAUUCCAGAAAAUAGUUAGAAAAGCAGCUGUUGUAACAGCUCCAUUAGCUCACAACUUACAGCAUGAGAAAAUUAAGAAGUUUUUAAUUUUGUAUUUCCUAAACAAAACACUUCCCUGUCACUUUUUAAAAGAUCUGCAAGAUAAAAAGAAAUUCAGCAACUUAUCAAGGACAGAAAAUAAUUUUACAAAAUAAGCUUGGAAAACAUUUUCUGGACUUACAUUCAAAAUAAUGUUAGAACUUUAAAAUGCAUAACUUACAGACAGAAGUGUAUUGUUUAAGCCAUUUGUUCUAGUAUGAAUAUUGAGUCAGAUCUGCUUCCUUUACUGAGUCUCCCUUCCCAAUAUGGGAUUGGUAUUUCAUGGAAGGAUGGGCAAAUACAUUUUGUGCCUACUGCAAAGAUUUCAUGUUUUGGAAUGCUGUUGCAUUUAAUGCCUUUACUAUUUAAUCUUUUCAGUGCUCUAUGAAUGAAUACCUGAGGAACUGUAGUCACAAUUCUCACCAUCAGAUUUACACCAGUAAUAGAAUAUUUAUACCUGAAACACAAAAUAAUGGCAGAGCUACAGAAAAUCCUGCCUGGCUCCUGUACGCCAGGAGGACUUGUGAAAUUGGCAAGUGGAAAGUUGUUUUCUGUGUGGACAGAGAAUACCCCAGCAAGAAAGCUGCUGAAAAAACGCCAAGUCCUUUUUUAAUGGUUAGUUUUCAGAACACAAAACGCACCGCGGGUAGCCUUGUCAACACUUCACACUGCAGCAGUGCUGACACAAGGGAUCAGUCCCAGUCGCUUCAGUGGGCUGCUUCCCUGGUAAACAUCACGCUCUGCCACCCACCCUGUCGACACAUCCCAUGGUUUGUAAGUACAUCGGGAUAACCUGAGAUGGAGGUUGGAUACAAGAGACCACAUCCAGCCCAGGCUCAGUCAGGUACAGCUCCCUGUAACCCAUCUGGGUUU